CUCUUGGCCUGUGUCAGCGACGCAUUCGGUCCAUGGACAUCAUCCAGUUCAAGACAGCGUUUUCUCAAAGCGGAAGCACCACGACAGCAUGGCGACCAUGUUGGCGAUCAUGAAGCCAUUAGCCAUUACCGUCGUUCUGCUGGCUUGUGCAACCUGCCCCCGGCUCCACGGUCCGAAACACUAUGCACGGAAGCAUCACGGGCGUCAUAACAUGUGGCACGCCCACGAGCACGACCAGCGGGAGCUUGCUCCUUGUCGGCGAUCGCCGCCUUCAACUCCGCAGUGGCACGCUGCCCGUGAAUCGUCGUGCUUUGACUAAAAUGGUGAUCAGAAGACUUCUGAUACGACGUGAAAAAUACCUACAGCGUUGCUGUGCUGAUCACGAGUGUUAAUAUCGUACGACACUUCUGCAGUUGUUCAGACAUAGCCUUGAUCUGG